GGGGACUUUAUCAUUUCUUGUAAUAAUACUUUGAAAAAUUAUUUAGAGAUAAAGCAGUUGUAAUAAAGGUUUUAUUAGAGACUGAAAUUAUCAUUUCGUAAAGGUUACAUAAGAGAUUUAGAAAAGUAGAAAUGUAACCCCCUAUGAGUUUGGAAGAACAUACUAAGAUUCAACACAACCCACCCGCUCCCAUCUCCCAAAAGUUUGUAAAAUUGCAAAAUGGGUUCAAUACAAGACAAAUGGAACAUGUACGUAUAUAAGCAUAUCCUUGUCUGUCAUUUAUUUUGAGUUGUCUCUAACUGUUUGGAGUUGUCUAUAUGGACUUUAUAAAUGUCUGUGAUGUUAUAAAUAGAUGUCUGUCAUUCAUAUUUCCUUGUUUGUCUGUCAUUUGUUUUGAAUUGUCUGUAAGGAGUUCAUAAAUGUGUGUGAUGCUAUAAAUAGAUGUCUUUCAUUCAUAUUUCCUUGUCUGUCAUUUGUUUUGAAUUGUCUGUAAGGACUUUAUACAUGUCUGUGAUGUUAUACAUAGAUUUCUGUCAUUCAUAUUGACUUGUCUGUCUAAUGUGUUGUGCAUUUUUAAACAUGUGAUAGGGCGUUGAAAUUAAAAAUUCCUGUCUGCGACCACUUCCAUGCGCAAUACUCUCUAUGCUCUGAAUUGAAAGACGCUGCAACGUUGGUGAAGUCAGCUUUGUCUGUUAAGCAGAUUGCUCAGUUUAGGAAGAUGCCAUGGGGCCAUUCUCUUGAUGUGCAAGACCUUUGGUUUUCUGCUCAAAUUGUGCAUAGCUUGUUGUUAAGGCUGGUGUGUGAGCAGCCCGAAGACGAACUGUGGUUUUGCAUUAACGAGCAAUUGCUGAAGUUUACCUAUGCCGACUUUGAACGCAUCACUGGGCUCCAUUCUAGGGGUCCAACUCCAGCCUUCUCGGAUGAUGAUGAAGGCAAUGUGAUGUUGCUAGAUGUCUACUUUGGUGGUGCCGCAGAGAUCAAUUUCAGAACGUUGACGGAAAAGAUGAGGUCAAUUAAGCCAAAAAGAAAGGUGAGCACGGUGAUGCUUUGAAGCUUGCUUGUGCUUUUUAUGUGCUGUGUGUUUUACUAUCAAGGAACAAGAAAACAAACAUCAAUUCACAGUAUCUGAAACUGGCUGAUGAAUGGGACAAAUUUCAAACUUACCCUUGGGCAAAAGAGUCCUACACCUUGAUGGUUUCUCACAUCAAGACCCUUAUGGUUGGGCAAGCCGAGAAGUUCAAGCAGAGUAAGGCCGCCAAUCUCGAAUAGAAAAACGCAAAGUUCACAUUGCACGGGCUUCCUCACAUCCUACAGGUUUGGGCUUACGAGACUUUGCCUGAGCUAGGACAUAGAUGUGCUGAACGCGUUGCUAAUCAUCAAGUCCUCUUUCUCAACUGGAAGGCCACGGGGUUCUUUCAUUUGCAUAAGCUAAAUGAACUAAUUUUCAGGAGAUAAAUUCCUGAAAAAGCAAGAGUGGGCAUCUUUUGAAAGGGUUUUGAUUCCUUUAAAUGCUGAGAAUAAGCAUUGGGUGUUGGCGGAAGUUCUGUUUCGAUGUAGAUUGGUUAGAGUUUACGACUCUAUGAAGACUUCUAGGACUCCAUAUUAUGCCAAUGAGUUGUGUGUGCGGCUGCCUUACCUAGUUCGUGCAAUGGGAUUGUGUCUGGAUGACACUGAUUUGCAACCAUGGAAAGCCGAAGCAGUGGAUGUUGUGCCUCAACAAAAUGCAGGAUCAGGUGAAUGUGGGGUCAUGGUCCUAGCUUUUGUAGAACAGAUACUCUUAGGAAAUUCAUUGGUUCCUGAUUGCGACUAUGGCAACAUGCACAACAAAAGAUGCGACUAUGGUAUUCGUCUUUGGCGGUUGAAGAAGGAAGAAGCUUAGAGUGUUGUACAAUACUUGUCCCAUUAUAAGUUGUGGUUCAAACUUAGGGAAAUCUGUCGAAGAUUGUACAAUGAUAGAUGUUCAAUGUUGUACAAUGUUCAACAAUUGACUAGGGUAUUUUGAACGUGUAUGGCUUUUUGUAAACAUUACAUUCACAAUUAACCUAUUAUUAAUGUAGACUUUUUGUUUGUCUGUGAA